ACCAAGAAAACAAGUCAGACUAUUAUACAAGAUACAGCAACCAAAACCCAGUGUAACCUAAGAGAUCAGCAAUGCCAUUUACAUUUUGCCUAGACUAGAUCCACUACUACUAACAUCAAAUAUGCAAUAUUCCAUAUGGACUGUUAAUAAACUGUUUUAGACACCAGUAUCUUAGGAGGUAUAUUUGUAUACAACCAACCUCUACAACUUAAAAGACCUCUUUCUCUCCUUUUUACAAGGAGGAAAAAAAAUUAAAAUCAAAGGUUAAAACCUGCUUAGAGAAGAUAAACUGAAAUUUACACCAGAUACUGUCCAACCAUAUCCUGCCCCAGCCAUUACUUGUUUUCACUUGCUCUGUAAAAUUUAGCAGAAGCUUAUAGAUGACUUUUUCACUUUUCAUGAUCUAAAACUUCUGUUGCUAUAUUGUACUCCUUUGCUAUUUCUGUCAACUAGUCUUUCCUGAUCCAUACUAAACACUGCAAAAUUGUAAGUACUUAAGUACUGCAAGUUUUCUUCUAUUUUUAUUUAUAUUUGCUAUGAUAUUCUUCUCAACAAUGUUCUUCUGCAAAACUAAAAUUUUCUGGUUAACAAUACUACUGUUUAAAAAACCAUUAGCUUUAAUUCACAUUUAAAAUAUGAAAGAAUGACCACAGAUAAACAUAUAGUAUGUCCAUCUUUUAUGUAAGAAGAUCAACCUAUAAAUUAAUUUCCACAUUUAGAGGAAUCAACAAUAAGCACAGGUUGCAGGACUGACUUGCUAAAAGUAGCUCUCAUUUUUUCUAAUUCAUUUAAUCAGUGUGGUGCUACCACAGCAAGGUGGAACUCAUUAAUAAUGCUCAACCUAGUAGGAAAGCAUUGCAAUUUCACGUGGAUUUACGCAGUCAGCUCUUAACUCUAAGAGUCACAUGGAUUUAAGAUGUGGGAAAAGAAAUCAAUAAUCAUAUUCAUGCAAACCUCACAAUUUCAUAAUUUAUACCAAUUAGAUGUUAAGAAACAUUUUUACUCUCAAAAUAUUUAGGGUGAAAAAAGAACUUAAAGAUAUCUUCAACUUCCUUGCAUUUACAAAAGCGUAUAGAUAUUCAGUAAUCUCUAAACAGGAAAAAAAAAUACUUAACUUUAAAAGCCAGAAAAGGACACACCACCAACUUCUGGCUCCACCUUGUACACUGACAUUACUGCGGUAACUGAAUGGUAAGUUUUGCUGUUUUCUCCCAAAUGACAGUAAGAAGGCCCUUCAAAUUCAUAUGCCAUCACACCACUCCCUCACUGAAGCCUUUGAGGCAGCACUUUGGCACAGGAAAGCACUGAUUUGGCACAGGGUUUUUUCCAGCACUGAUGUCCUGCAGUGCACAGCCCAGGCUCUCCAGUCCGGCCUCCUUAGAGCAGCCUCUGCAGGGGAUCCCUUAGCGCCAAGCUCUUGCUUCCCAGGAGGGAAAUGACAAGAACAGUGCAUGGCACCAAAUGGUACAGCUCUUCUGCUGCUAUCAUACAUCAUCUGCAAGAAACACCCAACCACCAAGACAGACACUUGCUUUGACCAUGCCAUUAUACCAUCUUCUUCUUAGGCAGCAAAGGUGAAUUGGCAGAGGGAAAUAUAUUAAUUUGUAAUACUCAGCUGAUAAGUUAGUAUGCAUUUCAGGAGUACAGUUUCUUUAUUUGUAGAAAACUGUUAGUUAAUUAAAGGUAAACAAUUCUAAGUAUUCCAUAAUACUGCAGUACAGCACAGUGAUUCACUAUGCUGAAUUCACUAUGCACAUAGUCCCACUAUGUCCAGCUCACUAAAUGAGUGCAAUUUCUUCCCAAAGGGACCCCUAUGGUUACCAACAAAUAAUAUUGAAUAAAAAUAGAAGAGCAAAACUCUAAGAUGCUUGUCCUAAAGGCAGGUUGGACCAUAUAGCAGAUUUAAAAUUGGAACACACAUGACACAUGGGAAGGGGGGGAGAGAGAGUGAGAAAGAGAUGGAUAUAGAGUUGCAAAUGCUAUUUCUAAGGAAGUUCAGCUGGAUACUUCUCCAUUAUCAUUUUAAUUAACUAAUAAAACAAGGAAGUGCAUGAGGAAUGCAUCACUCACAUCACCUUGGCAGCUGCAAUAGAGGGCUGUGCACAGCUACAGGGCCAGCACUGGGUGCUGCUGCAGCUGCUUAGAACAGGAGCAGCAGCGUUACAUUAGAUGAGGAGUAAUUGUACCUGCAGACCAUGGAAGCAACCACCAUAAUGAAUGGUACUUGACAGGCUCUCUGAAGUCAUUUAAAGACUAAUUUACAGGGUUUAAGCUAGAGAGCCAGACUGUGCACUGUAUUAAGGAAGGUCACUUGAGAGCAGCAUCAAACCUGAGCAUCAAUGGAGUUAAAGUAAGGGGUGCAAUGAGAAAUCUCUACUUAGCAAAUGGGCAUGUUACCUACUGCAUGUCAGAGGAUAUUGACAUUCUUGUGGAAGUAAUAAAGGAAAUAUCUGCAAAAACUUUUGAAUUGGGUUAGAGUUCAAAACUAGGAACCCAAAAUUAGACCUCUGCUUGGGAAGUUUUCAGGACUGGCUAACACUAGAAUUACUUGAAAAACAGCCUGAUAUGCCCACUCAUAUUUAACCAUCAAGAUCUGAAAGAAAAACAAAGAUUGUAUGAAAACUAAUGAUGAAAAAAAUACACAAAAAGACACUUCAGCAUUAGCUGUUUCUGCUACCCGAUUUAUGCACCUAAUGAAUAAAUAAGUCUAUCUUACUGGAUGACACAGAGCACAAAUAAAACAGUAUCAGUAAUAUGUGCUGCAAUUGUAUUUCCCAUCACAUGAAUACUAAGAAAUUAUAAAGAAAAAAACCAAAUCAACACAACACUGAGCAUGUGACAGCAAAUAAAUUUCCAUGGUUGUAAUAUAAUUGUAAAAUUAAUCAAAGCUAAAAUGUGCCGUAGUGUUUACAACUCUUUUGAUUAACAGAAAUUGUUACAAUAUAAAAGAGCAAAAGCUAUGGAAACCUUUCUGGAGUAUUUAUCCUUAUUACUUCAUUCUGUUUACUACUAAGUUGAAUUGAAUAAUUUGAAGCAUUUCCCAAGUGUCUCAAACAAUUCCACUCCACAGCACAGCCAGUGCAUUUAGAUAAACAAGCAACCUUGACCAACAAAGUACUUUUUCCACAGAACAGAACUGCAGCAGAAACUGCUGGCUCCCUCACCCUGCUCUGGUCCGAGCCUUCCAACCACACCUGAGGUGACCCAUGCUGCUUCCAGGUUUACUGUGCCCCUGGCCUUUGCUGAAAUUUGUUAACAAGCACACUUUACCAACUAUGGCAAAACACCAGGCAGCUACAAGAGCUGGACUGAAGCUUAAUUUAUUGCACAAUUAUCACUAGGCAACCACAAGAUAGAACAGCAUUAGUCAUUUCCACCUGGGACAGAGUUUUAACUAAAGCAAUCUAAUUGAAAGGCUUUACACCAUCUUUUAUCAAUCUUUUGAUUCAGCCAAAGCAAGCAAAACAGCUUCUUCUCAAAGGAGACAAAAAAAAUAAAAAGACUUACUGAAAUUUGGUUUUUAAUGGCAGGAUAAUAGUUCUGAAAUCAAACAUUCUGCUUACUUAUUUUUUUUCCUUAAGAUUACUUCUUAGAACUCCAAGUCUAUAACUAUGAUAUACUUCUUUGUAUAGACUAAUUAUGAUUAAGAAAUGCUAGCACAGCAAAAAACUUUUUCAAUCCUCAGUUAAACAGCUACAAAGAGCUUCAUCAGCAGGGGAAAAAAAGCGCAAAAAUACAGUACAAGUUGAAAAAUAGGCAGUGCACUAAUACAGCAAAUUUUCAAAUCUUCAAAUAGCAUUAAGAAAACACUUAGGACCUUAGACAAAAAGCUUGCAAAUUUUACCUGUUGAGACCAUGCAUGUGUCUAAAAACACAAAGCCCAGAAAAAGUGGGUUCACCAUGGCCAUCUUCUAGAUCCCUACCCAGCUGCUCUCUCACUCCCCCUCCUCAACAGGACACACACAGAAAAUAAGAUGGAAAAGGUGAUGAGUCAGGACAGAAAGAUUGCCUAACAUUUACCACUACAGGCAAAACAGACUUGACCUGGGGAGAAGGUAUUUACUGACAGUAAAAACAGAAUCAUAGUAUAAUUACACCUCAAUGUAAAAACUCCACUCUGCUCCUUCUUUCUACAGUACUAGAGUAAUUCUGGAAGUGUCUGACUAUCAUGUUUCAUAGAAACUGGCAGAAUGACAUGAAGAAAGGAAGACAUGAUAAGGCGCAAAGAGAGGCACUUGGAAAAGCAGAGCCGUCUGCCUCCCAUAAUCUGCUGAAACUCUUCAAAAGAAGCUCCUUCAACAGGAGAAAUUUUAAGAACACUCCCUGGUCACAUAGGAAUGAGUACCCAUUCUGCAUCUUACAAGCCACAGAAUUCCAUGAAUCCCUUUUGUCCCAAGGCAACCAAAGCUUUUUGGUCCCUAACAGGACUUUUCUCUUGCUACUCCAUUGAAGUAGUAUUUAAGGAUUCCUCCAGAUUCUCCCUUCUAAUUCUAAACUAAAUCUAUUAAUUAUCUAUCUAUACACUUUUAUUUAGCCAAAUACUUAUUUGCUCUUUAGCAUCUAUUCUGCUGGAAUGCUUUCAGAAAAAUAAGUAACUGGAUGCCUAUUCAGCAGUCACUUCAAUAGACUGAAGAAGUCUUGCUGUCCCUUUACUCCUCUAAAGACAUUACUAGCGUGUAUGUUACCUCACUGGAGCCUCAAUGGACCUAUUCCUGGGUGAAUUCUUGUUUCUUAGAUGAAUAUGGACUGUAAAUAUACCGUACAAGAUUUUAUUCUAGAGAUACAUUCGUAUUUUUUAUUAAUGACCAUACCACAAAUAACCACAUCUCUCUUUUUCAGAGCUGUAAUUCAUCAGCAGCUCAACCCACCCAACUCCUUCAGAUAAAACACCCAGAUCCUCCUUCUCCUCUUCUGCUUCAGAGCUGAUGAACUCAGUAAAAUUUCAUUGAUGUGUAAUCCAUUGUAAGGUGCAUGAACUUUUAUAGUUUACCAUUAUACUUCAAAUUAUUUAUUUUAUCUACUCCCGAGGAUCAUCAUCAUAAUUUCUUACUUUAUUGUGCUCUGAUUAUCCUAAUUAUUUACAAUACCGUAAAAGACUAAUCACAGCUGGUCCACGUUUUGAGCUAAUAACAUUAAUGAAAAUGCUUAAGUACAUCAGUCCUAAAAACAUUAAUUGAAAAAAAUCAUCCCUAUCAGAUGAUUCCUCAUUCACGCCACACUAAUUUAUCUACUAAUUUCUCUACUAAGCUUCUUCCUUCCAUAACAAAGAUUUUCCUUGUGGCACUGCAUCUCAAUAGACAAUUUGAUUUAAAUACAUAAGGCCGUCUAAUUUUUAGAUUAAAAUGUGCAAUACAACCAGGUUAAUCUGAUAGCAUCUUCUUAAGUAAUCUGAUAGCAUCUUCCUAAGUCUAGACUGUGUUUUAUGUCAUUUGCCUGAAUUUGGAAUUACUUUCCUAUAUGCAGGACUUCAGAAUGGAUUAAAUAUUCCAUUUGUCAUAGUCCAGUCACAGCACUAUCCUUGACUUGAGUGACUUGAAAAUAUUCAGUCAUUUCACUGGUUAGUAUAUUUAUUUUUACCUCAUCACUUUGAUUGAUCCCUUUUUUGUACCUUUAUUCUUGUUACUCACUUUCUCUUCAUCCCUUGUUCAGUACAUUCAUACUCAAAGUAAUUCUACUUUAAACAAAUAAUAGUAUUUAUUUAGUUUUUAGGGCCAUAACAAACUCAGUUUUAAUAAUAAAAAUUUGUAAUAGAGAGUGCCUAUUUUUAUUCAUCUUUUUUUUACAUUAAAAUAAAUGCCUUUUUUUCCCAUAGAAUCAUUACCCUUAAAUACACCAAUGUGUGAUCAUUUAUCCACAAGCCUCCCAUCCAGAAAGGCGGAUUCAUACCAAAACCAAAUCUGUAUGUGUAUCUCUCUCCUGUUGCUCUAGUGAUCAUAUAAUGACAGCCAGGACAACAGAGAACAAAAUAAAUAAAACCCAUGUUGCCAGAACUUAGGCAGACAUUUGUAGGUACAUCUUUCACAUCAAGUGGGAUGUAUCCACUUUUGCACUUUAGUUUUGUUCUGCCUGACUAGCACAUAUCCUUCAAAACUUGUGGUGUUCUCAUCACUGCUAUGCCACCACCUAUCUGCCCUGGUCAUAAAUGCUCUCAGUGCCCACACACAUCAGUAGAUCAACUUUCUCUAUUUUACAGCCAUAAAACCAGCACUAUGGCAAGACAGUUAAGACAGAAACAGUGUCUUCUUGAGUUGCCCAAAACUGCUCCUCUCGUCCCAAUUCCAUGCUCUGCUCCGCCACAUUACUAUCACUCCUAGAACGCCAAUACACUGGGAAUAGGAGAGUCCGCUAAAAGGAGCUGUCUACUGCUCAUGAAACUCUUCCAGAGACACCACAUUUCACAGCCACUUCUAGCUAGAAAAUUAUGAUAGCUAAUGGUUGCCCAGUAGGCUGCUCACCACUUUCAACAUUUCUUGAAUGUGUCAGAUACCCAUCUAUAUAAAUCAGUGGACUUCAUAAUUCAGUAAAAAAUCCAUAGCUUUUUCUGUGAAAUUGUAUUCUAUAUUGAAGUUUCUCCAAAUUGACCACAGAUUAACUUCAACAUUAAAUAUGUAACCUUUCGAGUUUUUAAUACAAAAAUCUUUACAGUGUUAUUAUUAAAAUAAACAACAUUUAAAAUAAAGCAAAUGCCCAUAGUUUUCUCUGGUGAAUAAAGGGCAGAAAUAUCUACAGGUAAUUAUGCCAGUCACUUUACUUAAUAAGCUUGUGCAAGUCAUUUGGAUAUUGUGGAGAUGAAGACUGUAAGAGAACCUGACUAGAAUAAAAUACUAUUAAUUAAGCCUCAUAAUAUCCUGAAAGAUAGGCAAGUGAUAUGACUUAACACAAAUUGUCUUGUUCAAUGUCACAUUGCCUCAGGGAAUGAUAAUUUCCAUUGAACUAACAUACAGCUUUCAGGUGGGCUUCAUCAGGGAAACACAAAAGUUCCAUCUUCUCCUGAAGAAGAGAGGAAAAUAUCUUUUGUUUUUUAUUAGUCACAGAGCUCAAAUAUCUUUAGUGCCCUCUGGUGUGCAUUUCAGUGAUCAAUAUAUGUAUAAAAGGAAAGAUAAUUGGCAUUGAUCUGAAUAAAACCUUCCGUUCAUCUUUCUGACUACUUCUAAACAAGCUUUCAACUUCCUAGGACAAGCAGGAGCUACAGUUAACAUCUCCAUGGCAUUUAUUGACCCAAAGCAUCAUCUGGAAAGGUAGGUUUCAGCAACUGCCCUAAAUAUAAACAUUAAUAGAAAAUAUAGAAUUUGGCUCUCUGUUAAUUCAAUCGACGCCGUGAAUUCAGUUCUCCUCACCUCCUGGAGUCUCUCAUUUGACUCAAAGAACACUACCAGAGCCUGUCCUCUUUGACUUCAAUAACACUACUGUAUUUUUAUCUAAAAAGAAAUCCAAACAAAGGUUUACCCUCUGUAAACCAUUUCCACUUUUUCCACUUCCUCAUGCAUUUCAUCUCUUUCUGCUUUAACACAGAGAGAUUUUACAGGAAUACACUCUAUGACCAUUGUAAACAUCAUUGUUUCUCCCACUGCUGACAACUUAAAUAAUUCCUUCUUUGCACUAGAAAUCUUAGGAUACAGUCUCAUGUUAGCCUGUAUCUGACAAAACUACAAAUCCCAUAUGCUGGAUCUAGCAAGUCUAUGGCCUUGGGGAAAUCAGAAGAGCACCUAAACAGGAGAAAGCUAUUCAUUUUUAUUUUUGGAUGAUGCUUAUGCUGUACAAGUGACUGUCACAGCUGGCAACUCCAUGAUUGUGAGAUCUUAUGCAAAGGAGAUGGCAUGAGGGAUACCUCAGGGAGAAGUUUGUCAGCAGCACAACAUGACACUGAAUGAGCUGUAACAGGGACUGAUCAAACCAGAAGUCCAAUUUUGGGCUCCCCAGUACAAGAUAGACAUUUAUAUACCAGAGUGAUUCCAGCAGAGAGCUCUCCAGAUGAUCCACAUGACAGAACACGUGGUGUGCUGGCAGAGGCUAAAAUAACUGGGUUUAGGUUUGUUCAGCCUUCAGAAAGCUUUGGCAGCAUCUUGCUGCUGUCCAAAACCAUGCAACAGCAAAGUGUAGGUAAGAGAGACAAACUCUUGCAGGUGGUCUGCAGAGGAUGUAAAAUCAAUACAUUUGAAGGUAUUCAAAACUCAGCUGCACACCCUGAGCUUGUUGAAGCUGUGAGCAGGGGGCUCAACUCGGCAUUCUCUGUAAGUCCCUUCUAACACCCUUAGUCCAGGCAUUUAUUGAGUGCAGCAAGCCUUUUCAAAUAAUCAUACCAAAAUGAUUCCUACUGAAUUUUUUCUUUUGAAAAAAUCACUAGAAUUUGAAUAUUAAACCACAAAGUGCUUCAAUUUGUACUUUUUAAAAGUAAGAACAAAACCUUACUCGGGGAAAAAGUUCCAUUUUCAUCACCCACAAGAAGUGACUGAAGUAACAGCUUUGAGAUACCCUUGCUCAGCUGAGACAUUUCAAACAGCACACGCUCAUCCACAAACCACUGCCUUUCACAGCUGGUGAAAACCAUCUUGCCUCCUGGAGUGAUCAAGACUGCUGGAUCUGCCCCUCGCUGAAUUCUGAACAAAGCACAGCAUGGACAAACCCAUCCAUUCAGGCACUGCUACCACUUACCAAAUGCAAAAGACUGUGGCUCCUGAAAUAACACCAUCAGCUGGAGACGCCCAGAGAAUGGCAGAUAGCUGACAGAACUCCACAGCACAAUAUUUGCCCUGCUCACAGCACGUUGUCUCUCAGCAACAGAGAGAAGCAGGCCAGGUAUCCACACAUGGCAGUCACUAGAAGCCAAAUCUCAGCUAACUGAGAUGUAGCAUGAGUUGUGAGCCAAGAACAACUAAACUGAGUAAUACAGGACUUGAUUCAGAAAUCACAUUUGCCCAGUGCCCUACUCACAUAUAACAAUAUCUUAGCGGAAAAUAGAACAAAAAAUAGCCUUUACCAGCAACAAUGAGAAAGAUAAAUAAGGUAGCUUUCAAAAUUAAUUUAGGCAUAGGUAAAAAGUAAUACUUUGGAAUGACUUUCUGGAGUGUGACCUUUAUUUUUAAAUUUUACUUGUAAAAAUAACUCUGCAUACUUUAAUCUGUCUCUGUUUCAUAGGCUGUUCAGUGGGGAAUUAUGACAAAAGCACAAAUCUGCUUCUGACAGAAGCAAAGCUGGAAGUCAGAUCUCUAUUUAUACUGAGAUCAUUCUCGCAUCUGUGACAUUUUGGGAAGUCUCCAAGGGGCUUCAGUGUAUAAAUUACCUUUCUGUUAUCAGUACAGGUAACACCUAAACUUGAAACUAGACUUAACUUGCAUUUAGAGCCAUGGUACAUAAACCUUUUAAAAACUACCUCAAGUGACGAAACCAACAUACUAUGAAACACAAAGAAAUUUCAUUGGGCGCUAAGGAAUGGUAAACACAGUGGUAUUUACACCAAGAAUUGGCUUCUGACUCACAAUGUGCUCAUCACAUGGCUAAAGCAGCAAUUACCACUCCAACCUCCAAUCCACUUUGCCAAAAAAGCACUGUGAACAACACAUGCCUAUAGUUUCUGCAACAGGACGUAAGGAAUGCUGAAAAUCUUCAAGAGCUUACUUCCAGGGGUCAGAGUGAAAACUUAGGAAAUUGUUUCACCAGUCAUUCAGACAAUGAGGACUGAAGUGUGUUAUAAACAGCAGACAGGUCGGCACAGGUAAUAACAAAUUUGGCCAUUCUUAAUUCAAAUAUUAAUUCCGGACACGUUCAGCUGUCCAGCUUUAACUCCCCGUGGCACGGGGGAGCCCCGUUCUCCUGGCAGUGUGACAGCAGCCACGGGACAGAACAAGCAGGGGCCCAACCUUCGUUCCCACCGCGGCAGCACCCCCACCGCAGGGCCCUGCGCUGACCUGCCCGGCAGAGGCCACUGCUCCGCUUGAGUCACGAGGCAGAGACACAGCGAAAGCAAGAACUUGAAAACCUUAUUUCUUCGCACUUCUCGGGAUGUUUUGAGUGUGUGACCAAAAAAGAACCAGAUCCCAACACACGAAAAGAAAGGAAAUUGGCCCUUGUGAAGAUUUGGGAGGGAGCGAGGCUGCUGGGAACGGCAGGUAAAGCUCAGCCGCCUUAGAAAACACAUGGCUUCACUAGAGGAAAAACAAGCUCAGCACUUUACAGACAUCUUUGAUGAAGAUGAAGCUGAAAGAUCUUUUCUGUUGUCCAAGCCCACGUGCUUAAUUGUCUUUGGAAAGCCAGGUUCUGGAAAGAAAACAUUAGCUAGCAAACUAGCACAGAGAUGGAACUGCAUUUUAAUAGAAGCCUCAGAAGUAAUUCAAAUGAAUAUUCAACAAAGAUCAGAAUAUGGACUUCAGUGUCAAAAAUUGCUUUGUCAAGGUCAAAGUAUUCCUGAGGAACUGGUGACAAAAAUGAUUCUGCAAAUGAUUGAGUCACCAGGAGUUGCUCAUUAUGGUUAUGUUCUUACUGGAUUUCCUUCUCUCUCGGAGGAAUACAUGACUGUUCCACAACAAAUGGAGAAAAUAAGGAAUCUAAAAUUAAAACCGGAUUUCCUGAUUAACAUUAAGUGUCCAGAUCAUGAGUUAUGCCAAAGAAUAUCAGGACUAAGACAAAACCCUGAUUCAGGGGAGAUAUAUCAGAGGAGCCAGUGGGAUCCUAAAGUUACUGACAAGCGUAAGAAAGAGAAAGAUGAGGAUGAAGAAGAGGAUGAAGAAGAAGAGGAAGAGCAGGAUGAAGAAGAAGAAGAAGAAGAAGGAGAAGAAGAUGAGACUGGAGAAGGUCCACGUAAGAAAUUAAAAUCUUCUCAUCAAUUAGUGCAGAGGCCUGAAGAUUUUCUUGAAAAUGCAGAGAAAAGACUUGGAAUAUACAAGGAUAUAAUACUUCCUCAUUUAGAAGGAUUGUUGGCUUACCAGGAUUGUCGCUAUCUUAUUGAAGUGGAUGGAAGUCAGGAAGCAGAUUAUGUCUUGGAGACAGUGGUAGGCCGACUUGAGUCUAUGGAAGUUCAAAAUGCAGCUCCUGUAAUCAGACUCCAAAGUGAACAAGAAGAAGAAACGCUGGAGGGAAAGCAAAAUGAUGAACUUCUCCGGGCUCUGUCAUCUUACAAGCUGAUAGCACCCAGAUACCGAUGGCGUAGGAGCAGGUGGGGACAAGUGUGUCCUGUGGCUCUAAAGGAAGGGGACAUUGUAAUGGGAAAUCCAGAGUUUGCUGUCAGUUUUCUAGGUAAAAUGUACGUACUGUCAUGCGAAGAAGCAUUGAGAAAAUUUGUGUUGAAUCCACGGCUUUACCUCUUACCUCCAAUGCCAGUUUCUCCUUGUAAAGUAUUCGUAUUUGGUCCUCCAUUCUCUGGAAGAACAACUAUUUGUAAUGCCAUUGCACACAAUUAUAAAGGAAAGGUUCUUGAUAUGGACAAACUCAUUCAACAGUAUAAAGAAUCGAGAGAAAAAAGGGCUGAGGAAUUGCGAAAGGAUGCAGUAGAAAAGGCUAUAGCAGCAGUGAAAAAUAGAUUGGAAUCAGAAGAACAAUCAGAAGAAUCAGGAAUACCAGAGAUAACUGCUGACCACCCAGAAGUUCAAGCCAUGGUAGAAGGAGCCAUGAAAAUUGUGUCAUUCUCUGAAGAUACAAUGUCAUCUCAAAUGUACGCUGAAGCACUGGAGGGAGCUAUUUCAGGGCUUAUGAAAACGAACAAAGACAGGUUUCCUGGUGCUUCAGAAAGAGGAGGGUGGGUAGUAGAUAACUACCCUCUGUCAGAAGACCACUGGUCAGCCUUAUUAGAGAAAGGACUUCUACCUGACACUGUUGUCUGUCUGAAGGAUACACAAAAAGAUGGAGCCUGUAUACUACACAGAGCAUACCUAGCAAGUAGGAAUGAGAAUAAUUCUAAGAUUUUGGAAAGACCAACAGAUGAAGCAUUAGAAAAGAAAGAAGAUGAUGCAAGAGGAGGAAUGGAAGAAAUACUGACAUCAGAGAAAGAUCAGUCUCCAGCUGCUGCUGAGGAGAAAGAAAUCAUGCAACCUGAGUUUGCAGAGGAUGGUUUUCCAGAUACAGAAGAAAUGAAAACUAUUAAAAUGAAGAUUGACCUUUUCAUGAAUGAUUGGGAAAACGUGGAAUCAGUAAUCAGGCAGUCAUCUCAAGUUCAGGUGGUUGUUUUAGAGAUUGCUGAGCAAACACCAGAAAGUCUGCUUAACCAAACUGUGCUGGUUAUGGAAAAACCCUUUAAAUAUUAUGGCUGGGAAUUAUCUGAUGAAGACUUAGCAGAGGAAGAACAAGAUCUGGCUGCUGAAGCAGAAAAUGAGGAAGAGGAAGAGGAAGGUGAAGAAGAGGAAGAGGAAGGGGAAGAAGGGGAAGAAGAGGAAGAAGAUGAAGAAACAAUUAAGCAAAAGAAAAGGCAUAUGGGAGACACAAAACACUUUUGUCCAGUCAGUCUGAAAGAGAACUUUGUCCUCUACCCUGGACUCCAGGAACAUGCAGCUAAAUAUAAAGAAAAGAUUUAUUACUUUUCAACUUCUGAGUACAGAGAUAAAUUUUUGAAGAACCCUGAGGAGUACGUGGCUCACAAUGAACCACUACAAGCUCCUCCUUUACGGGUGUGUUUACUUGGGACUCAUGGAGCAGGUAAAACUACUUGUGCACGAGAGAUAACAGAUAAAUUAGGUAUUUUCCAUAUUCAGUUUGAAGAAUAUCUACAGGAAUUGAUUUUACCCAAAACAAAAAGAAAAGUUGGGCCCUCUUUUGAUGAAGAUAAUGAAGAUGACAAUAAAAUACCAGAGGAACUGGAAGACUUCUCUCAGACCAUAAAUAAAACUGAAACAGAAAAAACCAAACAGGAAGUGGAAUUAACUGAUGAGGAAAAGGCAAUCAAAGCAAAUCUAAUGGAUAAUAGAGAACUGCCUCCAGAAGUCCUUGAUAAGAUUGUUCCUGACUGGUGGAAGAAAGAGCCAUUUCGGUCCACAGGUUUUAUACUGGAUGGCUUCCCUCGUACUUCAGAUGAAGCCAGCUAUUUGUCAGAACGAGGACUCUGUCCUGAUGUUGCAGUUUAUAUUCAAGUAGAAGAAGGUGACAUUCUUAACCGUCUUUUUCCUCCACGUCUGAAAAAAUGGAAAGAGAAACAGCUUAAAAAAAAGGAAUAUAAAAAGAAACUGAAGGAACUAAAAGCAAAAAAAAGGAAUGAGAAGAUUGCCAGAAGAAGGGAAGAACUUUUAGCAGAGCAACAGAAAAAGAAGCAGGAGGCUUUAACAGACCAGGAUAAUGAUAAAGCUACUGCAGAGGAGGAGGAUGAAGAUAUUGAAGCUAUACUUGCAGAAGAGUUUUUAGAAGAAGAAGAGGAAGAACCAGAAGAAGAAGAAAAUGAAGAAGAUGCUGUUGAGCGCAUGCAAAAUGAAAUUUCAGAGAAAUUUGAAUCAGAAGUAGAAAGAUUACAAAGUGUGCAGGAAGAACUUGAAAAGUUACAAAUACCACCAGUUGAGAUCAGUGGAGGACGGAAGCCUCGUGUUGUGUGCUACCAAAUAUACAGAAAGCUGAAAUCCCUAGUGGAAAACCGCAGGAGCAUUUUUGAGAAAUGUUACCCAAUAAGUUUGCCACUUGCACAGAAGAUGCUAAUUUCCUCAUAUAAAUUACAAAGUUCUUUUGGUCAGUGGGAUCCAGUCAAGUUAAGCCAAGGAGAUGUGAUCAAGCCACAGCAAAGGGAGGAAAGUGCAGUCUUUCCAGUAAUCCAUCAACAAUAUAUUUAUUUCUUUUCAAGUAAAGAAAAUAAAGAAAUGUUUAUGACAAAUCCAAUCAAAUAUAUUUGUCAGCCAAAACCUAAGCAAUCUGUGCCAGUAAAGAUUGCAAUUGUGGGACUUCCAAAAUCUGGAAAGACUACAGUUGCCCAGAGGCUUGCGAGUGUUUAUGGGUUCCUGCGCCUGUCCCUAGGAGAUGCCAUCCGGUUUGUGAUAAACAGCCAGCCACAGAGCGAGUUGACACUUAAGAUACAGUCACACCUUCUCCAAGGACUCACCGUGCCUGAUGAAUUGGCCAUCCAGGCUCUAGAUGUGGCUCUGCUAAACCACAUGGAUAAUCCCACUGGAGUUGUAAUGGAUGGAUAUCCUCUAACAAGAACACACGUAAAUCUCUUGGAAUCAACUAGGAUAAUUCCAGUGAAAAUCUUUGAAUUAGAUAUGGAUACAAAGGAAGUGUUCAGAAGAGCACUGCUGGAUAAGGAAAGAACAAGCCGACCUCCCUAUCCUGAACAUGACAGCCCACAGAUUCUAGCUAUUAAAAAUUCCUGUUAUAAACAGCACAUUGAUGAUAUUAGAACUUACUAUAUGAAGGAACAUCAGAAUUGGUGUGUGAUUGAUGCCAAUCAUAGCAAAUGGAGGGUCUGGAAGAUCGUUCUGGAGAAAGUUCAGGAGGUUGUUAAACAAAUCCAGAUAUACCUGGAAAGAAGAAAAGAAGGAAAAGCAGCCAGCAUUGCUGGUUUAUGUAUUGCUCCCAAGGAACUGCAGGGUCAUCUGGGGGAGAGUGGACAGUACUGUCCUGUCAGCCUUGCAGAGAAAGGUGAACUGGUUGACUGCUCUGUAACCCCCUCACUGGAGUUUGCUGCAGAAUUUCAGGGGCGCUAUUACAGAAUGGCUUCACAGGAAGAACUGGAAAAAUUCUUGAGCAGACCUGAGGUUUAUGUAUCAUCACUGGCAUCUCACCCUCUCCCACCCCCACAUAUGCUACCAAAGAAAUUGACUGCAGCAGAAGUGAAGGCCUUAUUCCCUGUAAAGCCUGAAAUGCAGGGAUACUGUCCAGUCACUUACCUAGAUGGAAAACAGAGAUAUGAAGCUUUGGUUCCUGGCAACAUGGAGUAUGCAGCAAAAUACCAAGACAAGGUAUAUAUUUUUGAAAGUGAAGAAAAACUUCAGAAGUUUAUGAGGUUACCAGAGAAGUACUGGAAUCUGAAGCUUCCCCAUAAACUCCCUCCAAAAAAAGAGCCAAUGCUACUAACUACACUUCCUUUGCCUGGAUACCUUGAACAGGGAGUUGCAACAUCUCUAAUAAAAGCUCUGCAUGAAGUUGGCACCCUUAAGCCAAAGUUUCCAUUCCUAAGUGUGAAAGAAACUGCUCUGCUUUUUGUCUCCUUCCAUCUAAAAGCACACAACCCCCGGAGCUCGGAGCCAGUGCGGCAGAUGUACAGGAAGAAGCUGUUGCAGUUCGUGGAGCACUGCCAACUCAUCCCCUACCUGGGGACUGCCAUGAUGGGACCGUAUAAGGAGCCAAGAGAUCGGCCCCGUGGCCUUGAUGACAGAUUGCAGACUUUUUUUUCCCUGAAAGGCACCCGCCCCACUUUUGUGUGAACCCUGUAUUUCCACUGAUUAAUACAUGGAGUUUUGCCGUCAGGCACCAGCAUGGCUGCAACAUGGCCUGCGAACAUCACACGUUCUCUGGUCAGUUUUUUAACCAUGAAAUCUUAGAAAUAAAAUCUUUUGUCUGAAGUUGAGAGAUAUCAAGCUACUAGAGAGCGUCCAAAGGAAGGCUAUGACAGUAGUGAAGGGCCUUGAGGGGAAGCCAUAUGAUGAGCAGCUGAAGUCACUUGGUCUGUUCAGCGUGGAGGAGACUGAGGGG